CGAUGCUGCAAAGCAAGGACAGCAGUGAAGAAGGAGGGGGAGUGCGCGGUGACUUGCGGUGUGGUGGUGAUGCAGCCAGCAAUGGUGAUGACGAGAGUGAGGAUGUGGUCACGCGGCUCUUGCAACAGGUGACCUCGCAGCUGUCCUAUGAGCAGAGGCUUGCUUUCCUCAAACGCCUUCCAGUCAUGUGCAAAUCAGAUGUUGAGAGGGCCGCGCUUGAGGAAGCGCUUGACGCGUGCAAGACGAGCGCAGAAACAUGGAUGGCGAUGCCCGAGGAGCUCCUCUUCCAAAUAUUCGAGCAUCUCGACGUGGUCAGUGCCGUGUCUGCCUCUUUAGUGUGCCGGCACUGGCGACAAACAUUCCACGAAUCGCUGUGGCGGAGCGUUUACAUCAACGAUGUGCUGCUGGGCCAGCGCGGUAUUGGGCUGGACAGGCGACACUUUGCAUCAUGGAGAGAAGCGUGUCAUAUCACUGCCACCGCCCACCACCACGCACAGCCCGCCGUCACCGUCCAAUUACGGCAGACGUGCCGCGUCAAGCACGUUGACAUUGCAGCCACCAGGGCCGAUGACGACACGACGGCUGUCGUCUCCGUUGAAGACUCGCGACGCCACAGCGAGCUGGCAAAGGACUUCCUUCCACCAGCACACCCGCAACCAGCACCGUCGACGGGUCUGCGUUCGCUGAUGAGCAGCAUCCCUGCCCGCUGCGUUCUUCCUCGGCGCGCCGCCUCCAUAUCCGCACUCACCGCCGGCUUUGUCCUCACAGGCGGAUAUGAUGGACGAUUGUUGGUGCUUGACUCUGAUCUCCACUUCAUAUCCGAGCACCAGGUGUGCCACUCUCGUCUGCUUCGAUUGGUUGAGCUGACGAACACACGCACGCCAGAAGGGUUGCUGUAUGUUGCUGUUGCCGCAGUGACACCGCCGUCCACCAUCGUGAUUCGUCUGACCUUCAGAGAUGAUGGACACAAACGUGGGGCCGGUGACCAUCAUGAUGACGACGCUGACCGAGUUGUGGCAGCGGGUGAAGGCAGUGGGAAUGGUGGCUUGUCCGUCGCUGUGGAAGUGAUUGGCGACGCAGAUACGGGCGCGUUUGAAUCUGUCAAUGAUGCCGCUGUGCUCAGAUGUGGCGGUGGUCGUCGUCGUGCUAGUUGUGAUCGAAGUGGUGUUGGGCUGGCAGUGGAGGCGCUGUUUGUGAUGUCGGCGACGGUGGCCGUGACGGCGCCGCUGUUCCCGCGAGCACACGCGCAUGAGGCGUGGGCCAGCCUACAGCACCUUCACCAGCCACUACCACCACCACAGCAACAACAACAACAACAACAACAACAACAACAACAACAACAACAACAACAACAACAACAAAGGCCGUUGGCUGCACCGCUGCGUUUUCGUGUCAACGAUACCGACCUCCGCUUUGAUGAACUCUUCUGUGACCACCACACGAAAUGCUUUGUUGUGCUUGAUGCUGUGGCCAAUGCCAUUAUUUGGCACCGCCUUCGCGACCACACGCCAAUAUUCACCCUCCCUUAUCGCUGGAACCCGUACCCACUGUAUGCGGCGGCGCUGUGCACGGGUCUCGUUCUAGGAUACCACGAUCGCAUCGUCCACAUCGACCGUCGCACGGGCAAGCCCCUCCAGCACCCACAGCUCCCUUUCUCUCGCGUUUCGAAUCUGCGCGCGCUCUCGCCCCGUUGUCUCUUCGUGCAGCUGCAGGAAGGCCCGCCCCAUCCCGAGCACAAGCUGUUCUGGGUGGUGUAGUGUAGUGCUGCGGGAACGGCUGCUGAGACAGCCAAUGGAACACCGACACAAGUGAAAGCAAGGGCCAAGAAUCAGCACACACAGGCACGCACACACACACACACACACCAGCCACACACACACACACACACA